AGAAUGGCUGCGUUCCCACUCAUCAUAAGAAUUUUGCUUACUUUCCCACUCCCAUCGGCUAAGCUAAGCCUACCCAGUUCUACGAUAGUACACGUAAGUGACGCCAAACCCAGGACCUCAGUACCGCCGUCACGAUGUCUGCUUUCCGGUAACAAGACAGAACCCCUUCUGUCUUUUCUUCCCCUUUUCUCUAGUUCUGUUUUUUUUUUCCUACAUUAUUCUCUUCUUUUUUAGCUCUUGUAAGACUCCCGUACGAAUGUCCAUCUCGGUAGCGGACUUCCCUCAAGUCUGGCAGAAGCCCUCGUUCGAGGAGCUCCUUGCAUCGCUCCAGCUGCUGAGGACCGAUCCUCCGAUCUGGAACUCGAGCACCUCUCGGAAGAUCAUAUUGGAGACGUAUCAGAAUACUACCCAGUUUCGCCGCGAAGUCAGCGCGUACCUAUCCAGCAUAAUCAAGAGCAACCUCGGCUGGAUUCAGGAUGACGACGAAAAGGAGGCGCUGUGGGACGAGGCGAGCCGGCGCUUUUCGGAGCGCUGCGGCAGGGCGUGCAUGGGCGAGAUCACGCGAAGCUGGCCGUUCGAGAGCCAGGCCGCCUCCCCUUUCGAACUGAUCAUCCGCGAACCCUCCAUCAUCGGCGACUGCCUCGGCCUCAAAACCUGGGGAUCCUCCUAUCUGCUCGCGCAGUCCCUCGACCAGAUCGCGAGGAAUUCCCUCUCUCACCUACUCGACCCGGGGCGCUCGAAUCCGUCACUCGAUGUUCUCGAGCUUGGUUCUGGUACCGGGCUCUUGGGCAUGGCCGCGGCCGCUAUCUGGGAGACCAACGUAGUCCUAAGCGACCUCCCAAGCAUAAUGCCUAACUUGGCGCAUAACAUUGAUGUUAAUCGGUCGACGAUCGAGACUCUGGGCGGGACGGUCGACUCGGGUGCUCUGACGUGGGGCUCUGAUGACGGUAACGCCGAGCAGUUCGACGGGAAGAACCAGUUCAAGAUAAUCCUCGUCGCAGACCCUCUCUACGACGAUGAGCACCCUGAACUGCUCUCUUCUGCUAUACAUGCACACUUGAUGGCCGAUAAGGAUGCUAGGGUGGUCAUCAUGGCCCCUCGGAGAGACCUUACCACUAAGAAAUUGGUGGAGAGAUUCCUCUCUACCGUAGCUCGAGGGGAUCUGGGCUUGGCCGUUCUGGAAGAACACGUCCUGGUUGGUGAAGAUGACUGGGACGAGGAUGGGGGGAAUUCGGAAGUAGAAUGCUGGUGGGCCAUCCUCGGAAGCAAGUCGCUGUAGUCACGCCGCCUUAGACGAAUUUGUAUAGAUUUCUCGGUUUCACCGGCUUGAUACUAGAGUGGAAACGCCCAUGGACUCGAUAAAUAAGUAGAGGCAAACAACGUAGGUGUAUUCGCCACACCAAGCCCGGGUAGAGAGGUCUUAUACCUGACCCCUGUUUCUAUUCGCAAAUCUCGCCGUACCAACGUCAUCACUGUUAGGCACCUCAGAGACGGCGGGUUGGCGAUCCUCGACUUUGCGAGCCUUAGGGGGGUACCUAUAAUAUGCGGUUAAAUCCCCAUACCUAC